AUGCAGAUCUUCGUGAAGACGCUGACCGGGAAGACCAUCACUCUCGAGGUGGAGAGUAACGACACCAUCGACAACGUCAAGGCCAAGAUUCAGGACAAGGAAGGUCUGUGGUGGUUCCAUUCCUUGGGAUCCCCGUGCGAGCCAUUGCGGUUCCCUUCUUUUUCGUCUCCGUUUUCUCUUCGAUCUCCUCUUCCAUUUGUUGGCGGAUUUCGGCGGCCUCGUUACGGUGAUCGUGUAAUGAACUAGUGCUGACGGUCUUCUCUGAACGUUCCAGGGAUUCCCCCUGACCAGCAGCGUCUGAUAUUCGCUGGCAAGCAACUCGAGGACGGGCGUACCCUUGCGGACUACAAUAUCCAGAAAGGUCCAUUGCUUCACCAUCCGCUUCCCGUGAUUUGAGCCACCAUCGAAACUGUUUCCUCCCUUUCAUUUGAUUCUGUUUGACGGUUAGGAGCCAUUCUAUUUUGCGAGACUGAAUACCGUUGUGUUAUUGACAGAAUCGACUCUGCAUCUAGUGCUGAGGCUGAGAGGAGGGAUGAUCUCCCGGAGGUAA